AUGCGUCGAGAGUGCAAGCAAGCCAGUGCAAAAGCCCUGCUGGGACGUUGGCACUCCCUUCCUGGGACUGCGCACAUCAGAAUCCCAUCUGAUGAUUGCGAGCAGAUGCGGGCGCUGAAAGAGAGCAUGUGGCUUCUGGCCGAGAUGUGGUGUUCUUCUCCUGAGAUGCACUCACGUGCCAUCGCAGGGCUUCGGACUAUGAUGCUGGUGUUGUUGGGAUGUUUAUUUCCGGAGGACAUCAAGACGCACCGCAAAGAUAACGACCUUGAACUGCUGCUAGCAACGCUGCUGACCAUCCAAGGGAUCGUCCAGCUGAGGAGCCGCCGAACCACUCGGUGGGCGCAGAAAAUCAUAAGGCUCUGCACGCCCAUGAUCAGCAUGAUGCUACUGGCAGAGCAUCAUCCGGCGGCCAUUGCAACGGGGCUCAAAUAUGUCAAAAGCAGUCUGGAGAACUGCCAUGGGCAUGAUCAAGCAGCUUUGUAUGUCAUGUUUUCUGAGGAUACGACCUACAUUGGCAAGGCACUGCUUGAGAGAGCUCAUGCUGCACUAGGAGUCAAGGCCCGAAUCAUGGAACACCUAUCCGGCAUCCUUCGUGUGUACAGACGAGCUCAACAGCAAUGGUUCGUGAUCAGUGGACAGAAAGGCCGCUCCGCAGCGCAAGCAUGUGUUCGUCUGGCAUGCUUAGUGGCUCAAGUGCAAGGCUAUGUGCGGCGAUCCAGAGGCUACCAGCACGUGGACAGACUCUUGCACCGUUUUCGGCUGCCCGGUCGGCAAACGACGUGCUUCAAAGUUCCAGACGAGCGCUCGCUGAACAUCGCCAGACGGAUUGUUCGACAAGCGGCAAAAAGUCUGGCAAACAAGCACGGCGAGGUACUCUUGCCGUGGGUCCUUAGCAAAGUCAGAUUUGUUGGAGUUGCUGCCAAGAGAUAUACUGACAGGAGGAACAUAGUCGCGGCGGCCAAAUCAAUUGAUAUCAUGCAGGUCUGUACCACAAACCCUUUCAUGUUGGAAGGGCUUCAACGAGCCGAAGAAGUGAAACUGUUGCACGGAAACUGGGGGUUGCAAGACAAACAAGCCGGAAGUGGACAGCUACAAGCACUACACGUAGAGUUGUUAAACUGGUGCCACCAAAAGCACGUCCCGAGACCAGCUCGCCUGGACGGUCUCAAGACCCUCAGGCAAGCUUGCCAAGAGCGCUCCCUGGAGCCGCAGGGGCACGCCCCAGUGGGAGAGCAGUCAUACAUUCAACAGAUGCAGGCCGACGACCACGAGAUCUUGCUGCAGGAUGACAAGGAUCGGAAACGCACCUGGGGCAUGCCCUUCAUUGUCAUGUCUGCUUUGUUGGUUUUGCUGGUGCUAAGAGAUGGCACAAGAUGGCAUCCUACAGACAUGACCCCGGACCAGCUCAGUGCACUGGUGUAUGGGAUGAGUAUUUUUGCUUUGCCGAGUUUUCUCCGAAAGGGUGCGGUGACGGCUAAAUCCAUGGUGGUGAGCUUCUACCAUGCGCCGUGGCGCAAGGCUUGGAGACUUGCAGGCAGAGCAAUUCAGAUCAUCGUGCAGGCAACUUUUCCGGGUUUUGCUGUAUGGAACCUCCAGACGGCAGUUCCGCAAUUCUGUGAAGCCUUCGAUCAGUUGCGAUCUUCUACAAAUCCUUGCAGAUGCGAUAAAUGUGGUGCGGCCAAGUACCCAAGUACGCUACUCGUGGCCGAUGCUGCACAGAUGUACGAGCAAAUUGAUACGACAAAGGUGCUGCUCGCCUUCGACCGCGCUGCCGAGCGGCUUCGCCUGCGCAAGGGUCUGACGACAGUGACUGUCAAAAGACAGCGCAAACUGCUCGGAUGGACCGGUGGCCAGUCUGCGACCAGAUCUGGCAAGUUUGUGGUGUUUACAACAGCACAACUUCGGAAAAUGCUGUGGGCCAGCUGCGCUCUCCGCUUUGCCACACUGGGAAACCUGGUUGUUAGAGCGACUGGAGUCAUGAUAGGCGGUCUGCUCUCCAUGAUUGCUGCAGUUGGUCUCCUUUGUCAGGAGGAGCAAGUAGCGAAGGAGAGCCAGGAGUUUCGGAGGCUGUACCUUCCAAAUGGCUGGGAUAUGAUUCACGCUUUUUUUGCCAUGCGCUACGUGGACGAUCUUCUCAUAUACUCCGUCACUUUCGAGAUCUCGCCCGAAGCUCUAGAGCAAACAUGGACGGACCUGGUAUUCCGUGUAGAUCCAGUCUCCGGUAGAAUUGCAUGGGCGCCCAAAAACCCAAACCGGGAUUGGAUCUUGGGCAAAGCUGCAAAAAAGAAAGAGCGUUACAUUCCCUAUUUGGAUAGACUGCAGUGCCCCUUUGGCCUGAUCCGGGGCAUGCUCAUUGGCAGAGCAACGAGGCUUCGACACAUGGGGCUGUCUCCUAAUAUAUGCAGCGAGCAGUCAUGUUGGAAGAAUUGCAAGAACUCGUCCUAG